CAUUUAUUUUGUUGUCACAUAAAAAUUGUAGGUACCAUCCCUCAAUAGAAAGAUCUAGUGGCUAAAAUAAAGGAUUCAAAAGCAUGGAACAAGACCAUCGAACAUCUUCAGCCUCACCUCAACGAUAAGGAAAUCCUCCCAACAUUAUUAUUAUCAAACACUUCACCAAACAAACACACAUUUCACUGCUCACUUUUCUGUAAUCACACUCCUACAAUGGCGUCAACUGCAGCUACACCCUCUUCAUUCUCUCUCCUCCAAUCUUCCUCCUCAGCCUCCACCUCCUCCACUCGCUCUCCCUCCUUCGUCCGCCUGGCCUCCACCCUUCGCCCUCCUCUCCGCCGUCUCGGAUUCGCCGGUGCCGCCGCAGACGCCAGUUUCAGCCUCCAUGUCCUCUCCAAGAUCAACUCCUACAAAUCUCAAUCUACCAAGCCCAUUAGAGGGGUUGCUUCCAUGGCUAAGAAGAGUGUUGGCGAUCUAACCUCUGCUGAUUUGAAGGGAAAGAAGGUGUUCGUUAGAGCUGACCUUAAUGUCCCUCUUGAUGACAGCCAGAACAUUACUGAUGAUACCCGAAUUCGUGCCGCUAUUCCUACCAUCAAGCAUUUGAUCAACAAUGGUGCUAAAGUUAUUCUUUCUAGUCAUUUGGGGCGGCCUAAAGGUGUUACUCCAAAAUUCAGCUUGGCACCACUUGUACCUAGGCUUUCUGAACUUCUUGGUCUUCAGGUUGUGAAGGCUGAUGAUUGCAUUGGUCCAGAUGUUGAGAAGUUGGUUGCUGAACUCCCAGAAGGUGGCGUUCUUCUCCUUGAGAAUGUUAGGUUCUACAAGGAAGAGGAAAAGAAUGAUCCAGAAUUUGCAAAGAAGCUUGCUUCCUUGGCAGAUCUGUAUGUGAAUGAUGCUUUUGGCACUGCCCACAGAGCUCAUGCAUCAACCGAGGGAGUUACCAAAUUUUUGAAGCCAUCUGUUGCUGGCUUCCUCUUACAGAAGGAAUUGGACUACCUUGUUGGAGCUGUUUCUAACCCAAAGAGACCAUUUGCUGCUAUAGUUGGUGGUUCAAAGGUCUCUUCCAAAAUUGGAGUAAUUGAGUCACUUUUGGAGAAAUGUGAUAUCCUACUCCUUGGAGGAGGAAUGAUCUUUACAUUCUACAAAGCUCAAGGUAUGUCAGUUGGAUCUUCUCUGGUUGAAGAGGAUAAGCUUGACCUUGCAACUUCUCUCCUCGCCAAGGCUAAGGAAAAGGGCGUGUCUCUGUUGUUGCCUACUGAUGUCGUUAUUGCGGACAAGUUUGCUGCUGAUGCAGACAGCAAGAUUGUCCCCGCAUCUGGAAUCCCUGACGGAUGGAUGGGAUUGGACAUUGGACCUGAUUCUAUUAAGACAUUUAGUGAAGCUUUGGACACUACCCAGACCGUCAUCUGGAAUGGUCCCAUGGGAGUUUUUGAAUUCGAAAAGUUUGCUGCUGGUACAGAGGCUAUUGCUAAGAAGCUAGAGGAGAUAAGCAAGAAGGGUGCAACCACAAUUAUCGGUGGUGGUGACUCAGUUGCAGCAGUAGAGAAGGUAGGAGUGGCAGAGGCAAUGAGCCACAUAUCAACUGGUGGUGGAGCUAGUUUGGAGUUGUUAGAAGGCAAACAGCUUCCUGGAGUACUUGCUCUUAAUGAGGCCGACCCAGUUCCGGUUUAAGACCACUCUAUACAAAUUCUUUUUUUCCCCCUCUCUUCACAGGUUCAUCCUCUUAACAUGAGUUUGUAACCGAGAAAACAGAUAGAAAAUGAGCCACUUUGUAGAUGUCUUACCAUUGUUUGCAAUAAACGUGUAUGAUGUUGAUCAUUUGAAGAUGUUACACAAGAUUUUGUGGAACUAUCAACUAUGUAUGGCCAAUUAACCAUAUGGGUAUAUAAGUGAACGUCCUUUUGCCA